AUGAAUAGUACUGAGACUCAAACUCAAACUCAUACUCAAACUCAAACUCAAACUCAAACUGCCACUAAAUCGCCUUCAGUAUCCUCAAUAUCCUCUAUUGAGACAAAUAACUCUACAGAACAUUUGAUUGCAAGCUUAUCAAGUACACAGGUCAACAGCCAAAUUUCAGAAUCAAGUAAGAUACCACAGUCUGAGGCAAUCAAAGCAGACAUUCUCAAUAACUCUUUGUUGGAUGCAAAAGCUAGACAAGAGUCUAAAACUCCAAAGAAAAAGGCUAUAAAGUUCACUGUGCGCAAGGUGUCGCAUGAGCCAAUAAACGCUUCUACAGCAACGUCGCCCCAUAUUAGCCAUAGCCAUAGCCAUAAAGAUAAGGUUGUACUGGGUGAGCACGAGGAUAUUAGAAAAUUGCAGAGCAUCCAAUCCAAAUAUGAUCAAUAUGACGCGAGAAUAAUAAAGAUUGACAAGGAAAUCGAGUUUCUUAUUCAAUUAUUACCUCCCUACAAUGUGGAAAUCGACUAUGGCACGCGAGUCAAAAUAAACAAGGCAAUUGAGAAAUUGAGAAUGAAGAAGGAUGAAAUUGAAAAGAAAAAGUAUACUUUAGGAAUAACGAUUAGUAGACUAUGGAGAAGUUGCGAGGGAAGUGAAAUUUGGGUUAGAAAGUUUGAUAAUUGGUGA